GAAGAGCAUAAUGUGAUUCUACCAACCAUGUCUACAUUUACGAAUAAGAGAGUUUAUUAUACUAUAUUACAAAUGAUAAAAACAUGAGUCCUUAUAUCGAUCUAUACCCAAUCCUGAACUCCCCAUUCUACACAUAGCUAUUCACCAUGCAUACUUUUCAAUAGAAAGAAUGAAAAUUUUGAAUCAGGUGAAUUUGAAGCUUGUGGCCACAAAUGGUGGGUUUGCUAAGAAUAUGGUUUUCUUAACUCCUGCUUCAAAGCAUUUGCUCAUCCAGUAUCAUUACAUUCGCAGGAGAAUAACGGAAUUAAGAAAAUCAAUGAGAAUGAUUACUUAACAAUGUUUGUGUUUAAUCACAUCCCCGAUAAGUUUUUAACCAUGUUUAAUGUUACCCACUCAAGUCGAACUCUUUAACUUUUAAGCGAUCUUGCAUCAACAGUUGGUUGAAUGCAAACAAAUGAAAUAAACAAAUCUAAAAAAUAUUACCAAAUUUAACUGCUAGCUGAAGACAUAACUCCCUUCAGCAUGCAUUAAGUAAGAAGUGAGUCACAACAGAGAAUACAAUAUGAAAAAUGGGCUGAGUAAGCUAAGAUGGGAAAGAGGUGUUGUGUUUGGCUUGCCGAAAACACUUGUGAAAAAAAAUGCAACCCUAAUUAAUAAUGGGGACUGUUCCAUUUAACGAAGUGGACUGAUGGAAUUCCAUGGGAACCUAAGGGACAAUAGCCCAUGAUGAAGGUACAAAACUUUGAUUGGAAUGUUGUAUCAAAUGAACCAACUGACAUGAUACAAUGGAUAGGGUUACUUAGCCACAACCAAACCAAACUUUACCCAGCAUUAAAACACCCACACGCCUGCAGCCAAACAACCACAACCAUUGGUCUCUUCACUGUACCCUUGAAACUACCUCUCCCUUCGUUAACAAAUCUUUAUCUUUUACAAUCUUUCGGAUCAGAGAGGUUUCUAGCCAUGGAGGAGGAAUUACCUGGUCAGUUUUGUUUCUUCAUUCUCUCAACGUCUUCACACACAUACACAUAUUCAUGUGUGUGUAUACAUAUUCUCAAAGCUAAUAUACAGUGUUCAAUUACUAAUGGCAGAGAAGAUCUUGAAAUCAAUCCUUAUUACAUUUCAACAUUAGUUUUUACAAGCCAUUACUUUACCAUGCAGAAGUACACACUAAUACGAUGUUUACAUGCUUGGAAUAUUUUGCAGAAGUUUCAAGAACAUUAAGAUCGAUCCAACCAGCCCAUUACUUAUUCAGGGUAGAGUCUGUUUCCGUGCUUCUAAACACAAGCAUUAAAAAAAUAUGAUUCAGGGGAUUUUGAAGCGGGUGGCUACAAAUGGAGAAUCUGUAUCUACCUAAAUGGGAAUAAAAAAAAAGUGACGGGGAAGGUCAGAUAUCCCUCUAUUUAGAAAUAUCAGAUGCUCAAAAUCUUCCCCCUGGGUGGGAGGUUACUGUCAACUUCAAAUUUUUUGUGUUCAAUCAUAUGGAUGAAAAGUACUUAACUGUCCAAGAUGCUGAUGGGAAGGUAAGGCACUUCAAUGUGAUGAAGACUCCAUGUGGGUUUGCUCGGUUUCUUUCACUGGAUGUUCUCAAGGAUCCUCGUAAUGGAUACUUGAUGGAUGAUUCUUGCAUUUUCGGAGCAGAGGUUUUUGUUAUUAAAUAUAGUGGCAAAGGGGAGUGUCCUUCCAUGCUAAAGGAUCCUGUUGGUGGUACUUUCACUUGGGUGAUUAAGAAUUUCUCCACACUGAAUGAGGAAGUCCUUCACUCUGAAAUAUUCAACGUUAAAGAAUAUAAAGGGAAGUUGAGUCUCUACCCAGAAGGUAAUGGUAAGGCAAAGAACAAAAGCCUGUCCCUCUUUCUAGGGCUGGCUGAAACACUUCAUCAUCCAACAAAAUUUUAUGCUGAAUUUGAGUUGUUGACAAAGAAUCAAUGCCGCGGUAGGCAUGCUAAAUCAAAUGCUGAGAUUUGGUUCUGUGACUCGAUAAAAAUUUGGGUAUUUCCAGAUAUGGUCUCUCUGAGUGAUCUCAAUCACGACAAACUGAACGGCUACAUAUUAAAGGAUACUUUGAUGGUUGAAGUGCAGAUUACACUCAUGAAGCAUUUGAAGAAUAUCUAAUAAGGCAUUUAAAGAAAUCUCUAAUUAAAAAACUAGCUAGCUUUGGAAUUAUCACUUCCCUGUCUUGUCUGUAACCAGCAAGCCCAACAGACUCAUUCCAUGGUGAAGAUUUAUAUUUACCGCACAUCACUACACUACUUGUUAUGUUUUGAAAUAGAAAUAUACCUUAACAUGAUGCAUGAUUGUUCUAAAUAUAUGGCAGCAAAAAUUAAAAACAUGGAGAUACAUCCCACCAGCGCAUUACACAUUUGGAAGAUUCUUACUAUCUACUUUUGAACACAGAUUGAAUAAUAUGAAUCUGGUGAAUUUGAAGCUUGUUAUGUUCAGAAGCAUGGUUUUCAAACUCCUGCUUCAAAACAAGUUUGUUCAUCCAAUAUUGUUACAUUUACAGGAGCUUCUGUCUCUACUAUCCAAAUGGAAACAAGAUAUGCGAUGGGAAGGGUCGCACAUCUGUCUCUAGUUGUCAAUAGUGAAUAGGGAUUCUUUCCCUGGGCUGGAGGGCGAAUGCCAACUUGAAGUUGAUCGUGUUUAAUCAUAUCCAUGAUAAGUACUCAGAACUUUAAUUCAUCUUAGUCUAUUACUACACUAAUAUUUAUCAAUAAAUCUCAGCUUUUUAGAUGCCAAUGGCAAAGUAAGGCACUUACAUGCCCCUACUAAUCAAUGGCAUUUUUCGAAACUGCUCUUGCCGGGUACAUCAACAAUGGUACCUUGUUGAUGACUCAUGCAUGUUUGGAGCGGAAGUUUUUGUUUCUGAAUCCACCGAGUGUUUCAACAUGGUAAUGGAAUCUGUUAAUUUUAUGUACCUUUCUGUGGGUAAUGAGUGAAUUCUCAACUAUACAAGAGGAGCUUAUCCACUCUUGUUCAUUUACUUUUGGAAACUUCAAUUGGUAUAUUUUAUAUCUUCUUAAUUUAGCUAAUAUUCUAUCCAA